AUAAACUAACAAAAAACAAUCUGCUAUGAUCUUUGAUUUUUUUGAGCUAUUUCAUCUCUCUUUUUUUUCUCUAAUCUAUCUUGGAAGAAUUCUCCUGCCAAUUCUGGGAAUUUGUGGAAAUAAAUAUGGAGGAUAAAAGUGGUAUUAGUCCAAGUGGGGUCAUCACAGUUAAGGGAGAUGAAGCUUUGGCGUCAAGAACAGAGUUCCAACAAAGCCCUAGCUUUCUCCAAUUCGUAAGCCCCACGACGGUGGUGACUCCUCCUCCUCCCCCUCCUCCGGCUCCGACCCCGGCUUCAACCACCGUGAAUCCUGGCUCAGCCGCCGCACCUCCGCCGCCGCCGAUCUCCAGCGCUGGGUUAGAUCUGACGAAGAAGAAGAGAGGAAGGCCGAGGAAGUACGCUCCAGAUGGAAGUUUGAACCCUAGGGCUUCGAGACCAACUCUCUCUCCAACACCAAUCUCAUCUUCGAUUCCCUUCUCUGGAGAUUAUAAUCAUCAUUCUCAUUGGAAACGAGGAAAAGCUCAGCAGCAGCAUGUUGAUAUCAUCAAGAAAUCUCACAACUUUGAGUAUGGAAGCAGCCCAGCUCCUCCUCCUCCUCCUCCUGGGCUCUCAUGCUAUGUGGGUGCAAAUUUCACAACACAUCAGUUUACUGUCAAUGCCGGUGAGGAUGUAACAAUGAAGGUUAUGCCGUAUUCGCAAGGAUCUCGAGCUAUAUGCAUUCUUUCUGCAACUGGUUGCAUCUCUAACGUCACACUUCGUCAAGCUACCACUUCAGGCGGCACCCUUACAUACGAGGGUCGAUUUGAGAUACUUUCGCUAUCUGGUUCCUUUAUGCCUACUGAUAACGGAGGAACUAAAGGUCGGUCCGGUGGUAUGAGCAUUUCUUUAGCCGGACCGAAUGGCAAAAUCAUUGGCGGUGGUCUUGCCGGUAUGCUCAUAGCAGCCGGUCCUGUCCAGGUGGUAAUGGGAAGUUUCAUUGUGAUGCAUCAAGCAGAACAAACACAGAAGAAGAAACCUCGAAUCAUUGAGGCUUCUCCUCCGCCACUACAACGACCACCUCCGGGUUUCACCAUAACCACUGUGAAUUCUACUUCGCCUUUGGUGGCCACAGUAGAGGAGCCAAAACAACAAACCUAUGGUGGAGGUGGUGGUAUAAUGAGACCGAUAUCUCAAAUGCCUUCUUCUUUCAACAACGACAAUUCUGGUAUGAACAACUUCACAACGACCUUUCAGGGAUACGGGAAUAUGAACACGGGUACUAACAAAGACGAAGAUGACUAUGACGAUGGUGGUGAUGAUGACUCUGGCGAUACCAGGAGCCUAUCUACUAGUGGUUGACCGAUUCUCCAAUUUUCUUGUGUAGAAAGUAAGAGGGACCUUUAAGGUCAAAAAUGUUUCAGCUAUUCUUUGCUUUGCUUUCUUUUUAGAGUCUGAGACUUCGCUUCCUGUGUGUGUUUCCUAGCGUAUUUGUUUUUGUGAUCGGUUUAGCUUAACUAUGUUCAAAUCAUCGACUAAACAACGUUAUUAUGGUUGCUGUUGUUAUUGGGAUUAAAAUUUACUAUUUUUUGCA